UUUUUUUUUAAGAAAAAAUAUAUAUUUAUAUAUGUCACUUCCUCGUAAAGCUCUUAUUUCUAUCACAAGUUAUAAUGAACCUUUUUAUGCUGAUGGCAAAAAAACAGGUUUAUUUUACACUGAAGCCCUUCAUCCCUAUCAAACCUUUGUAGAUGCAGGAUUUGAAGUUGACCUUGCAUCUGAAACUGGAACUUAUGGCUUGGAUGAGCAUUCAACAGAGAAACAGUUUUUAUCAGAUGAAGACGAAAAAAUUUAUAAAGAUCCCAGUCAUCCUUUUAAUGUUCUUUUGAAUAAACACCUUUACAAGUCUAGCGACUUGGAUCCUAAGCAGUAUGGUCUCUUCUUUGCCUCUGCAGGACAUGCUACACUUUAUGACUAUCCACAAGCUCAUGGACUCCAACAUAUUGCUGAAGAUAUUUAUGCUCGAGGAGGUGUAGUUUCAGCUGUUUGUCAUGGUCCUGCAAUUUUACCUUAUAUUAAGGAUUCAAAGACAGGAAAAUCGAUCAUUGAAGGUAAGACAGUCACUGGUUUUACAACAGAAGGUGAAAUUCAGUUAAAUGUUAUGGAAAAAAUAAAAAAUGAUAAGGUGGCUACAAUUGAAGAGGGUGCAGCCUCUGUUGGUGCUAUUUACGUUGCCCCUCCAACACCAUUUGCUGAUUUCCAUAAAGUAGACGGACGUAUUGUAACAGGCCCUAAUCCUGCAUCAGCUCACUCUACUGCUAAAGCAGCUGUUGCUGUCUUUGAUAAGAAAUUAUAAAAAUAAAAUAAAAUAAAUCUAUUGUAAAGGGGAAAUCGGCAAAACAUCUUAGUUGGAAAUCAUUUAAUAAAAAAAAAUAUAUAAUUACAAUUAUAUCUAUUGACAUUA